UUUGACAUUUACGUGAGAAACCGUGGCGAGUACACGUGCGGAAUGCGGAUUAUUAUUGAAAUAUUGAUCUAAAAAUUAAAAAUUCAAGUUAAAUACGUGUCUUGAACUUUUGCAGCUCCGUUAUUAAUCAGCGGUUGAUCAUGUGUAGAUUUUAGUUCAUUCAAUAUGGAGCAAAUAAUGCAGAAAGUCCACAAUGUGGACCCCAAUAACAGUGAGGAAGUUAAGGAGGCUCUUACAGGUUUCUUUCAGUGCAUACCAAAGUACAAAGAUAUUCAUGCAAACAGAUUGUUACGGGAAUUACAGAUCGUCAUCAACCGGUUUCCUAAAUACUGCAUGUCACACAGGACUAGCAUUGAGACAUUUUUGAUUAGUUAUUUAAGUUCAAUUAAUAAUUUCAAUGUAAUAGAGGCAGCAAAAUGUGCACAUGCAUUACAACAGGUGCGACCAGGUCAAGAAAAGUCUGCAACACCUAAAACAAGCUGGAGAGUCUAUAUGCUCGAUCUUUGUAGUGCGGCUCACACUCUUAUAGAAUCUAUUUUUAAGAAUGCUGUGGAACUUUACAUGGAUAGCCCUGAGAUCACAAAAAAUGCAUCUACACCAAUGUCAGUUGCAUUAGCUGACAUUGCAAAGAAAUUAAAGGAUAUUAAAGACAGACAGGCGCUUUUGAAAUUAAGGCUUAAUAAUGUUCUAGUUUUCAUACAGGCUGUGUUAGUGGAGGUGUAUCCUGUAGCAAAGCCAGUGCAGCCUCAAACAAUACUGGAUGUAAUAGUUCGACUGUUGAGCGUGACCAGCAGUACAAAACAAUAUGAAGAAGAUAUCUGCAAUAUAAAGAUACAAACAUUAAGAACUUUAGACGCUCUCAUUGUAUGCCUAGGUUCAAACUUGAUACCUUAUUCAGCUUUAGUGUUAAGACUUGUGAUGCAAACGCUGAAAUGGAGCUCAGAACAUUCGUCAGAUCUCACCAGCAAAGUGCGACGUACGGCAUACAACAGUCUCAGCAACUGGCUAACCACACUGCACACUCACCGGAUGUCCGACUCCAGCAGCACUUGGGAGGACAACCUCACUGACGGCAUUAUUACUGACAUAACGCCUGUCACGAAAGUGGUACAACUCACUAUUGGUGGCCAACCCUCAAGGCAUCUAAGUAAGAAAGCCAAAAGGAAACUUGCAACCACUCAGCUGCAAGAGAGCAACCUAGCUGCGUACGCGCCUGGAGAAAACAACAAGAUAGCUGUGUCUGAAGAAGUAAACAAUGAGGUCUCUAUAGCUGCUCUUGAAUGUGCUGAAGUGUUCCUCACUGUAUGUGGCAGAUUCCUGAAGCCGGCAACUCAUAAGAUUUUCCAAGACCGUUUAGUGAGACAAUGUUACGACUUUUCAUCGUACACUGACGAACAUUUGCUCUGGCUGUUGCGCGCGUUGGAGGCGACGAGGAGAAGUGCACCCACCGGCAUACCCCCGCCCACGCAGUACUGUUUGCACUUGUACAGCCUGCUGCACAACAGCAGACGCGCUGAGAUUUCGAAAUUCUGCAGUGAAGCGUUAUUGAACAUAAGGCUCCACCUGCACUGUUCACCUCCGUCCCUAAGCUUCGAUCUCGACGCUGCUCAGAACUCGGAAAAAACAUCCAACAAGCGGAAGAAGGUUUCGGCAAGAAAUAGAGCUGUGUUACAAUCCUUGCUGGGGGCUGACAAGGUACCCUCAGCAGAUAAUGACGAAGUUAUUUCCAUACCUGAUGAACCAUCAGGCAAAAAGCAGCGACUAGAAAGUAGUGACACUGAUCAAAUUAGUAUUCAUAGCAGUGAUUCUGAUAGUUCAGUAGAAGAAGUAUGUGAUGAAUCAGUAUAUGAAAAUGUUGAAGAAAUGGAAGUCGAGCUUGUAAUUAACGAAUCUAAGAAUCCCAGUGUCGAUGAUGACAUAGCAAUAGUUACUGAAGAACAAGAAACUGAAUUAUCAAACCAAGACUCUGUUGAAAAAAAUAUGAUAAUAGACUCAACAGAACUAUCAAACCAUGAAACUACCGAACAGGAUAUGAUAGACUCAAUUACUCCAAAAACUGUUUCUUCAGAAACUUCUAAUCAAGUAAAUAUUGAAGAAAAAACUCAACAAGCAGUAGAUAUUAAUGCGACAUCAGAAUUGCAAAAAGAUGCUGCUUGCAAUGAUGUGCAAGUCGAAGUACAGAUAGAAUUAGAUAGUGGAGAAAACGUGACAAGCCAAACGGAAGUAAAUACAAAACAAAAUCUAACAAUCUAUGAAGCACAAACGCAAUUGCCUGUUAACAUUUCUAAUGAUACCAUUGAAGAAGAAACGUCAUUGUCAUUAGAAGUAGGUUAUGAUUAUCCAAACACAGGUACAGCGCAAGUGACAGUGUUAGAAAAAAGUGAUGAUGAUCACAUUCCCAGUACAAACGAUACUGAUGAUAUACAAAUAACUUGCGGGCAAGUUAUUAGAAGUUCACAAGAAGUUGACGCAGAGAAGAAAACAUCUCCAACUGAAUCUAAAACAGAUGAACUACCCAAACAAAAUGGACUUAGCGAAGAUGUAGUUGAAAAUGGUUUUGCAGAAAAGACAAUUGAGACUACGGAAAAAGUUAAAGUUGUUGAAGAUUCCUCGCAAAAUGAAGGCACUACUGUUGAAGAUAUGUUAGCCGACUUUGUUGAUGAAGUUAAUGAUGACGCAGUUGAAGCUUAAUUAUAAUUGUUGCAUAAAAGCAUUUAUAAUUGUAUUGAUAUUAUAGUGCCAAGAAUGACUAUUGCAUUUAUUCCUAUAAUAAAUAAUUGAUGAUUGAAAAUGUA